AGGAUCCAAUCUCUUACUUGAUAUUUCAUUCGUAUGUUUGAAUUCUUGGUUUGUGUCUAUGCGUAGUGGAUGCAGGGUCUUUUUUAUUUGAUCAAUCAGCAGAAGGAUCGGUGAACUUCUGCACUCGAACUUAAAAAUAUGGCAACUCUUGAGGAUUCUUUCCUUGCGGACCUCGAGGAGUUGUCCGACAAUGAAGCUGAAAUGGAAGAGAAUGGUGCUGAUGCUGGAAAUGAGGAAGAAGAUACUGAUACAGACAUGGCGGACUUAGAAGCCCUUAACUAUGAUGACCUAGAUAGUGUUUCCAAACUUCAGAAAACCCAGAGAUAUGCUGAUAUAAUGCAGAAAGUGGAAGAGGCCCUUGUAAAGGGUUCUGAUGGAGCAGGGAAAGAGGCUGUUCUGGAAGACGAUCCUGAAUACCGGCUAAUUGUUGAUUGCAAUCAGCUUUCAGUUGAUAUUGAAAAUGAAGUUGUCAUCAUCCACAACUUCAUCCGUGACAAGUACAGACUGAAAUUCCCAGAGCUUGAAUCGCUGGUACAUCAUCCAAUUGACUAUGCCCGUGUUGUAAAAAAGAUUGGGAAUGAGGUGGAUUUAACUCUUGUUGAUCUGGAAGGUCUUCUUCCAUCAGCUAUCAUUAUGGUUGUUUCAGUUACCGCAUCAACCACAAGCGGCAAGCCACUUCCAGAGGAUGUAUUGCAGAAGACCAUAGAAGCAUGUGAUCGUGCUCUCGAGCUUGAUUCUGCAAGGAAAAAGGUUCUUGACUUUGUUGAAAGUAGAAUGGGAUACAUUGCUCCAAAUCUCUCUGCCAUUGUUGGAAGUGCUGUCGCAGCAAAACUCAUGGGGAUUGCUGGAGGGUUGUCAGCACUAGCCAAAAUGCCUGCCUGUAAUGUUCAGCUUCUGGGCCACAAGAAGAAGAACCUUGCCGGAUUCUCUACCGCGACAUCUCAAUUCCGUGUGGGUUUCCUGGAGCAGACAGAAGUAUUUCAAAGCACACCUCCUGCGCUUAGGAUGCGUGCCUGCAGGCUCUUGGCUGCAAAAUCAACGUUGGCAGCAAGAGUUGACGCGAUUAGAGGAGACCUGUCUGGGGCAAAUGGAAGAGGCUUGAGGGAAGAGAUUCGUAAGAAGAUUGACAAGUGGCAAGAACCCCCACCUGCUAAGCAACCUAAGCCUCUUCCUGUUCCUGAUUCUGAGCCUAAAAAACGAAGAGGUGGUCGCCGGCUAAGAAAGAUGAAAGAAAGGUACGCUGUGACGGACAUGAGGAAACUAGCCAACAGGAUGGCAUUCGGUGUGCCUGAAGAGAGCUCGUUAGGUGAUGGAUUAGGGGAAGGUUAUGGAAUGCUUGGACAAGCUGGGAGCAACAAGCUACGUGUAUCCAGUGUUCCCAGCAAACUUAAACUUUCUGCUAAAGUUGCGAAAAGGUUUAAGGAGAAAAGUUAUGGAAGCAGUGGCAUGACCUCUGGUUUGACCUCGAGUUUGGCCUUCACCCCUGUCCAGGGAAUCGAGCUGUCGAACCCACAAGCAGUUAUGAACCAACUAGGAAGUGGAACUCAGAGCACAUACUUCUCGGAGACGGGAACAUUCUCCAAGAUCAAGAGGAAUUAAUUGACCACAGAGAAACUUGGUUCCAGCCAAAACAGUAGUUGCUGUAUCGCAUCAAUGUUUAUUCACAACAGUGUGGGGAGUUUGCUUCCGGUUCCUGUUUCAAGGUUUUUGUCACUAGUAGUAGGAGACAAUGCUUAACGUUAAAGAUUUUUGGGCUUCCAUAUCAUUGUUGCGAGGUUAGUUAUAUAUGUGGAUGUGUAUAUGUAGAAACUUUAAACAAAUACACAAAUUUUUUGAACUUCUA